AUAACAUAGUAUCGUUCAUUAGGGUUUCAAUAUCAGUGUGCAGUAGCAGUAGUCUUCAAUUUUUUUUCAUUGAAUCAUGGAUUAUUCUAUGCUAUUUCUCUCCAUUAUUUCUUCACUGGCUUUUCUGGGGUUGUCUGCAGACCCUGGUGCUUCCUUACCAUGCAUGAAGAAACUGCUCCCUUGCCAGCCAUACUUGCACUCACCAUCACCGCCGGCGUCUUGCUGUGUUCCGCUGAAGGGCAUGGUGGAAGACGACGGCGACUGCCUCUGCCAGUUUGUCAACAAUCCCACUAUAUUGAAGUCUCUCAAUCUUACUCGGGAUGAUGCUUUGAAGCUUCCCAAGGCUUGCGGCUCCAAUCCCGAUAUUUCAGUUUGCAAAAAUGCUGCAACACCACCUACUUCACCAGUACCUCCAUCUCCAUCAACUUCUUCCAACAAUCCGAGUGGCUCUGGUGGGGGUUCAACUGCAAAAAAUGCAGCAAAUGGGAUAUCUUAUUUUGGAGGAUAUGGCUUUGUAGCACUGUUUGUUUCAGUAUUCUAGACAUCUUGUUCAUCUAAAUUAUUGACACCAUUCAGAUGUAUACUGUUUUUCAAUUUAGUGGCAUGGAAGUUGUUUUAUGCUUCUAUUUGUUAA